UUUCCGCUCGAAGUGAAGCUAGUCGGCCUACGUGUGAAAUACAUAUCAACAAGUCUAGCACAACCGUUCACCAAGGUCUCAUCUCCGAAAUGUCGCCUACUCCACCAUCCACCUCCUCAAGCAUUGGCGCCGUAUCGCCGGAUGGCCAGUUUAGGGUUAUCCGAAAACGAAACAGGGUGCCACUUUCUUGCGGCCCCUGCCGGCACAGAAAACUGAAAUGCAACCGCGCCCACCCAUGCGAGAACUGCGUAAAGCGAGGCGAUGCUUCUUCCUGUACCUAUGCUCAAGUAAGUGCGCGAAGGAAGAACGCAACACAGAACUCGGCCUCAAGUUCCCCGGACGAUAUGCAGAACAGAAUAGACCGACUCGAGAGCUUGGUACUGUCCCUGAUGACCAACGGAUCACAGUCUGCAGGCCCGGCAGCGGCAAUGGCAGCAAUUUCCGGGACCAGCAGUAGUGGGGGCUCCCUCAACCAGAGUAACGACAUCGAUCUGGACGAGGAGACAUCAAAUGCUCCGGAGGAGAGCGAUACGGAGCAAGUUACCAAGUCAUUUGGUAUCAUGAAAGUCGACAACAAUAAAUCAUACUAUAUCAGCGAUGCGCACUGGGCUUCCCUCCUCAACGAUAUCGCCGAAGUUCGUAAUUACUUCCACACGUACAAGAAGCAGUACGAGGAGCAAGCCGAGAAGCUCAAGACAACCAAGCUGCCGAGCGAUGUCCCAGGCUCCACGCUGCUUCUUGGGGCCAUGAAGCCUGCCAGCCGCGCAGAGAUUAUGUCUUCCUUUCCCUCGAGAUAUACAACAGAUAUGCUUAUUGCUCGCUAUUUCAAUAGCUAUGAUCCAGCGACCCAUAUUCUUCACGGUCCGACGUUUCAAGCUCAGUAUAACAAACAUUGGGAAGAUCCUUCUCAAACCUGUAUUGUCUGGGUGGGCAUGCUGUUCGCCAUGAUGCGACUCGCUAUGCUGUCAUAUAACCAAGAAGGGGACGAGCCACCCGAGUUUCGAGGGAAAUCUUUGGACAUGGCUGGGACUUUCCGAAAUCUAGUGGCUCAAUGUCUGACUCUGGCCGACUAUACCAAACCUUAUCCCUACCUGAUCGAGACAUUCAUCUUCCAUCUCCAUGGUGACUUUCGUCAAACGAAGGAAGCAGAUAUUUCUGUCUGGGUGCUUGUCGGUGUUGUCGCAAGGCUAGCGAUGAGAAUGGGAUACCACCGGGACUCAAAAGUUUUCCCCAACAUUACCCCCUUUCAAGGUGAGAUGCGCCGGCGCGUAUGGACUUUCGUGCGGCAAUCCGACUUGCUCUUUUCGUUUCAGGUUGGGCUGCCCAGCAUGAUUCGCACUGUGGAUAGUGAUACGGAGCUUCCGCGGAACCUAUAUGAUGAUGAUUUCGACGAAAAUUGCAAGGAACUUCCUCCCUCACGACCGGCGAAUGAACCGACACCAAUCUCGUACCUCAUUGCCAAAGCCCGUCUGGCGUACGCAUUUGGCCGCGUUACCGAGCUCACCUCGAGUGUGCAAAGUGAAUCUUAUGACAAGGUGAUGGAGUUGGAUGCUGAGCUUCGCCGAGCUCGGGACCUGAUUCCGGAGCAUCUUGUCAUUCGCCCUUUCGAGGAGUGUCAGUUGGACCCGUCCAAUCUGAUUAUGUCGCGCUUCGGUGUACGUCAAUCACUUGCCAGUUAUAUCGCGAGUUGUAGUACUGACCGUUGGCAGAUAAUGAGCGUCUACCAUAAAGCACAGUGUGUUCUCCACCGGCCUUAUAUCGUUCAAGCACGUGGAAAUCCGCGAUUCACCUACUCACGCAAGACUUGCAUCGAUUCAGCCAUGGAGCUGCUGCGGUUUCAGUCAAUGCUACACGCAGAAACAAGGCCAACGGGACGUCUGCGCACAAAGCAGAAUCGCAUAAAUUCCCUCAGCUCCAAUGAUUACUUGCUGGCUGCCACUAUUGUCUGCUUCGACCUGUAUCAUGGACUCAAAUUUCAAGCCGGCGGAAGAGAUGCCGGCGACACCUUUGCGUGGGGCAGGGAGCGACGACAGGAGAUGAUCGUGGCAUUGCAGCGUUCUCGAGAGAUUUGGGAGGAACUUCGUGAGGAGUCGCUUGAAGCUUGGAAAGCCGUUGGCAUUCUCGGCGUGAUGCUUGCCAAACUGAAUUUAGGGUUUCCAGACAGUAAUGCCACGGCGCCGGCCUUCGAACCUCAGGACGAGAAGCAAAGCGCCGCAAUGACCUUGGGAUUAUUGAGCAGUGGAAUGAACACCGCAAACUCAGUAUCCCCAGCAUUCAAUGAAACUGGUUACAAAGUGUCAGAAACGCCUUCUGCCCCGGGGGCAUUUGGGUCCACGGCAGAGGUGCCCGGAGCUCUGUCCCCGUUCAGCACAAUGUUUGGACAAAUGCCUGAUAUGCAGCUGAACUUGGAUUGGGAUUCUUGGGACACUUAUAUUCAGAGUUCGAAUCUCGACAUACCGAACCAAUGGUGGCCAACGUUCGAAGGACAGCAGCAGCAACCAUCACCACAACCGCCGCUUCACCCAUCUUUACAAGCUCAGGGGUCCUUGUCAUCCACACAAUUACCUUCCAUGCAGCAAGGCAACACUGCAGAUAAUAUGCGGUCUUUGCCUCGCUUUUCCAAUGUCUUCUCGCCAGACCCGGUGAAGUAUGAGAGUCCGGGCAUUAACGUGCCUUACGACAACAACUCUCCUCAAAAAAGCAACAAUGCUUCAGGCGAGGGCAUCUUAUAAGUACUCAUGUCGAUCGCAAAAGCACAUUUGCACAUUUCUUGAAGCUUCAGUUGUCCAGUGGUUCACUUCUUUUCAGCAAUAUUAUCUUUUCCCGCAGCGGUGUAUGGUUUGGAGGUGUGGAGUUUCCUCAAGGACUCAAAUCACCCUCUUGUUGGGAUGUCUGGGAAAUGUACAAAUCCGGAAGACUGUAUAUACCCUGUUUCUCCACUCGAUUCCCACAUUUACUGUGAAUUAUUGCCUCAGUAAUUGGCGCUAGGUUGGUUUCAUUCUACUUCAUUUGCGCGAGACAAAAGCUGGUGAAAAGCUCAAGCUUUCAUUCCCUCCUUCGU